UUGACGCAGCUGUUUCACUGACAGCGCAUCAAAAGACUGAACACGAGCUGCCGGCAGCCGCACCAGUACGCCAACACGGAGACACCCAGUCCUCCCACAGCCUGCAGCCAGACUCCACAGCUGGAGGAGCCCGAUGUGUUUAUAACCAGGAACAACAAAGUUAAAGCUUCACAUGACUUCUGAGUUUGAACGAUGAUCUCCGGCUGAGUUAUUGUGAGGUGGGUCCUGCAUGACGCGGCUGAACCGCCGCACUGACGGUGCGACGACAGCGCUGCUAUUACUGCGGGCUGUGAGGUGCUUUCCUCGGGAUCAAACAGGGUGGUGACGCCACGUACGACGAUACACGACACAAGCAAACAAAAGCUUCGUGUGGGGGUGCAGCCGAGAGGUGAAGUUAAACACAAUGUGAAACCAGCGAUGAUCAACUUGGUGGAAAGUUGGGAGCGACGGCGCAUCAAAGGAAGCACUCAGAAAAAGUGAUGUUACUGGAGCACGCGACGGCAACUUCAGUUUAACGCCAGCGUUAGUGACGUGUAAAUCAUCUCUGGCAUACUAACUUAGUAAUAUUAUGUGCGAAGUGGCCAUGGAGGAGCAGGAGAGGGAGAUUUCGGACAUGGACCCGCAGGAGUCCUCCACCGUGGUGGCGGAGAACGGAGUCAUGCUGGUGGUCAAUCACAGCCGGAUCCGGGCUCCCUUCAGUGUCGUGCUGGCCACCGUGCUCUACCUUGCAGAGUUCAUCGCCGCCGCUGUGCUCUGCAGCAUGUACCACAAGACCGACGAUACCAUCUGGAUGAGCUUCACCAUCACCUUCAUGCUGCUGCCCGCCGUGCUCAUCCAGCUGGCCCUGACGUUCAUCCACAGAGACCUGGGCCGGGACCGGCCUCUGGUCCUGUUCCUGCACCUGCUGCUGCUGGGCCCUGUCAUUAGGUGUUUCGAGGCUCUGGUGAUCUAUUUCAAGGCGGGUAAAAAGGAGGAGCCAUAUGUCACCAUCUCCAGGAAGAUCAGUCUGAAGAAGGGGCAGGGGAUGCCCAUGGAGUGGGAAAUCGGCCAGUCGGAGCGCAACCUGGCUACUCACAGGAACGCCUUCAAACGCGUCGCGGUCAUCCAGGCUUUUCUGGGCUCUGCGCCUCAACUGACGCUCCAGCUGUACGCCACCAUCCAGGAGAAAUACUUCUUCCCGCCAAGAUUGGCUCUGAUGAUCAUCACCCUGAUGUCCAUCACGUAUGGGGCUCUCGUGUGCAGCGUCCUGGCCAUCCAGAUCAGAUAUGACGACUACAAGGUGCGUCUGCGCCCUAUCGCCUACCUGGUCAUGAUCGUGUGGAGAGGCUUGGAGAUCGCCGCCCGGAUCACCGCUCUGGUCCUCUUCAGCACGGCGCUCACACACUGGGUGAUCCUCGUCGGCAUGGUUAACCUGCUCUUCUUCUUCUUCCUCCCCUGGGUCGAGUUCUGGGCCAAGAAAGGCUCGCUGACUGAGACUGUGGAGAAAAACUUCUCUAAGCUGGGCACCACAAUUGUGCUGUGCAUGUUCACGCUGCUCUACGCCUGCAUCAACAUCUUCUGCUGGUCGGCGGUGCAGCUGGACCUCUCCCACCGUGAGCUGAUCGACAGGAAGCAGCACUGGGACCGCCUGGCCAUGUACUAUUGCGGUCGCUUUGUAGAGAACUUCCUCCUCAUCACGCUCUGGUAUUUCUUCAAGUCAGACUUCUAUGAGUACGUGUGUGCGCCGCUGCUGGCUGUGCAGCUGCUGAUCUGCUACAGCCUGGCCGUGCUCUUCAUGCUGCUCUUCUACCAGUUCUGCCACCCCUGCAGACGCCUCUUCAAGUACAAUGUGCACGACUGCCUGCACUGCGUCUGCUGCCGUUCUGGAAGUAGAGGAGCGAGAGGGAAGCCACCACCCUCGUACUCUACUGCUGCAACCAUGGUGCUGAUGCCAGAUGAGCCAGUGCAGCUGCUGGACCCCCAGAACUCACAACCCGUCAACCUCACCAGUCAGCUGGAGGAGCGGGAGACGGCUAUAGUUGAAGACAUUAUGGACGCAGCCUGAGAACAGCUUCAUGGGGGAUUAAAUUAACAAUCUCUCUAAUGUAGAAAUGCAUCUCAGCCUCAAGACCUCGAGUACUAAAACACAAAAACCAGAGUGUUUUUCAGCUAGUGAGGUGUUAGAGAACAAACUUUUCCUCUUAAGUGCACUAAACUUUAUUCAUUCACGGUUGUGAGGGUUCAGGUUCACUCCUGACGUCUUUAUCAAGGGUGAUUACGUACGCUCGGGGCACAGCGAGGCCCCAGUACACCAAAGAAUGUAGCAUGUCGAGAUAUGCAGCGAUGCACAAAGGCCGCCUUGAGAGAGCAGCAGUGGGCCGUGCACAGGGCUGAGCCAGGUGUGUGGGAAACGUGCCAAGAGUGUCCGAAAGACUGACCGGGACACCCCCAGUUUACUUCCUCUCAGGGUUUUCACACCAUGACUGUCCCCGUUUGCACACGUUUGCAUCUGCACUAAAGAGACAACGCAAAAAAAAAAACAAAAAAAAAAAAACAGCAGGAGGGUGAGAAAAGGUCA